CUUUGGUUAUCCGCGUGUAUCGACGACGAUGGCGCAAACGAGCAUGUUUUCCACGACCGUCUAGACCUCGUCCGUCGCCCUUCUGCGCGUACAUUGUCGUCGUGAAUGUUAUUAUCUAUUAUAAGUUAUUAUUAUUAUUAAAACCGUCUUAAAAUAAAAACCGAAACUCUGCGUGCACACCUAAAUGUCGCGAGAAUAAUAAUCGUGUGCGUGAUAACGCGAGGGACGUCGACAUCCGACACGGAUACGAGAUAAUAUUAUUAUUCAUUUCAUACGGAAAUAGGUACGGAGCACCGCCGACGUUCAGCGAAGAUACCGCGUAAACCCACAUGCACAGUAUACUCGUUAUUAAACAUUACACUACACUGUAGUAAUAAUGAUCAGUGUACGCAGCCCGCAGUGACGUUUCGUCGGUUAAAAUAUAUUAUUUUCGUUCGACUCGCGGUCAAAUUCGAGUUCAAGCGCCAAAAGUUAUUUUGUAUCGUCGAGCGCGCGCGCGAGUGUCCCGCAGCAGGCUGCUGUCGUUCGAUCGUUCGGCCGCCGUCUACAUGGUUUGCGUGCGUGUCGUCGACAGUCGUGGCGCCAAAAAGUCAAUCGUCGUACCUCUGCGGAUUCGGUGGCGUACCUUACAAGAAUAAGUACGAAACGUCGACGAAUCAUUGCAAGAUGCAGAAAACGGUGACGCAAAUAAUAGUUUUAAGACAAAGACAGUUAAGAUGUUCAAAGUUAUUAACAGUUUGUCCAUUAAAAAAAUAAAAAUGGUAGAUACACGCACAUUAACUGAGUCAGCCGAGAAAGAAAGGCAAGAAAUGGAACAGCUAACUAAACUUAUGACUAUGAAAUCAGCUCAAAUAAUUGUACAGUCAAGAAUGGGUGAAAGAUUGCAUACUUAUUGUACAAAUCAGAAUAGUUCGAUGAAUGUUGCAAUAAAAGAAAUCCCAGACGUAGUAACCGAAACAAAACUAGCGUUAAGCAAUGGACUUGGAGAUUCUGUGCCUUUAUGUGUAGAAAUAUUUUUGAAAACUAUUGAUGGAGAUAUGAUGACAUUAGAAACAUGGAGUAUUGGCUUAUUAGCAGAAAGUGCCUUUGAUCCCUUUUGUUCUCGACACUUAGUUUAUACACUGUAUAACAGAUUAGGGAUUUUAUUAAAAUCAUUAGUGUCAGUUUCCCGAGUAAUACCAGCGUAUCGGUACUCUAGACAACAAUCACAUGAUUCUUUUCAAAUUCAUCAUCGAAUUUAUGCUGGAGAACCUCAAGUCCAUACUCUUGGAAAAGAAUAUAAAGAAUUACAAAUUGGCCAAGUGUCAAUGCCUAUAGGGACCAUUCAAGUGACAGUUUGUUAUCGUACCUCUAUGACACUAACGUCUCAACAAGAUCCAAUCAUGUUGAAAAGUGAUCAUUUUCGAAAAGAGUAUAGCCCACGGCACAAUCAGAUAAUCAAAACGCCAAUUGAUCAGUCCAGGACAGCAUACAUCAUGGAUGAUUGGACAGUGGGUGCUUUUUCAGACAGUCUCGAAGAAAAAGUGAAGAAACUUAACCUAUAUCGUAUUCCUGAGUUUCCCAAAGAUGCAUUCAUAAAGCCCAGAAAACGAGCUGAAUAUUGGCCACCACACAUGGUACCUAGUAAUCAAUUACAAAAACUUCAAGAGUCCACAAAUGAAAAUAACAAUUCAGUGACAUCUUCUAUCCAAAAUAACAAGACUUCUGCACUAAGCAACACUGUGGCGAUAAGCACUGGAGUUGCCAAUAAUGUCAAUACUUCUGAAACCAAGAACAAAUUCAAUCAUUCAAUGAAUACAUCCAGCAAUGAGGCCAUCAAUGAUUUUAUUUUGGUAGAAUUGGGCCAGCCUGUAAAACCUCAAUCGCCUGAAGAUUUUUGUCGGAGACGUAGUUGUGACACUAAUCCGUUACAAUUUAAGCCUGCUGCAUUUUCCGAUUCAAAUCCAAACAUUGAAUUGGCGCUCUUUUAUCAAAAGUUUCUUGGUGCUCCAUCAUUAAAAGUUCGUUCUGAACAUUUGAAUGUCUGCAACCACCUGUCUGAAAUUGUUGAACAAAUUAAAUGUUUUGAUCAGCGUAUGGUAGAAUUUGACAGGGUAGUAUUAGACUUAUGCCACAAAGAUGAUGACAGUGAAUAAAAUAAUUAAAAAACAUACGUUCUGUAAUGUUUGUAACAAGACUGACUGUCAAAACGAGUAAGAAGCUCAAAAUGAAUAUGUACUUUACAUGCAUAAACAUAUAUAUUUAUAUAUAAUGUAUGUAUGUACUAUUUUUUUUUAAAUAUUUUAUAAAAAAAUUAAACCAAGUUAUAGCAAAGUUAUAAAUAAUUCCAAAACAUUACUGUUUUGUUUAUUUUCUAAGCAAAUGACUGAUCAAUGAUUGAUGAAUUAAUAAAUUAUUUAUUAUCCUCGCGUAGGGUGUGGUGGUCACUAAAAAUCACACAAUUAGGCCUGAAAGUUCCUCCUUUUUUGUUAAACAUAAAAAUAAUAAAGUUUUGCAUUUAUGUUUAAUGAGGUUUAGUUUUAAUUUUAAUUUAUUUUGUUUGUUUAUUUCAUAAUGUUACCUUAAAUAAAAUUAAUAAUUUAACUUUUUUCUUUUAUGUCUUUUGUCUUUCUUUUUUUUUGUUAAUAGGCAACUUUUAUACAUUUUAUAAUGAAAAGUACUCAAUAGUAUUAAUAUUUGUCACUUAUAAAAUUUCAGCUGGUUUUUAUUCUACUCUAAUCAAUACAGGGUUAAGAUUAAAAAUCAAUUAUUCACUACUUGUGGGUAUUUGUCAUACUUAUCUAAUCCAUUUAGCCAUAAUUAUCAAAUGUAAUACUUCAAUAGUAAAAAUCUCUAAAUUAUUAAACAACAGAAUACUUAAUUUUUAGACUUAUACUACAUGAAUAUAUAUUUAUAUUGGUUGCCUGUUUCUUAUUGUUUUCGUUAAUUUUAGUUUCUUUUUUUUAUUUUCUUUUUUUAUGUUUUAUUUAAAAUUAUAGUCAAUUGUUACUGAAUAUUGUUAACCAAUAACACAUCAUGGAUGUUUAUAUUUAUUUGUGUCUUUAUACGGUAUUAAUGCUUUAGACAAAUAUUUAAAAAAUGUAACAUUUAUCAAACAUUCUUAUCUUUGAUUCAAUUAUUUUUUUCUAAUCACAGUAUACCAGAUUUUUUAAAAUAAUAAUUGAUUUGUUACAAAAUUAUACAAAAUUUUUGUUUUUUUAUAAUAUUCAAAUGUUAUAAAUAUUGUGCAGUUAAAACAUUCUGAAAUUAUGUUUCACAUGUUAAGAUUAUAGCUGCCACAAUGAUGUGGUAGUAUGUAAUAAAUAAACGAAACAAUAUUAAUA